UGUUAUAACGUGAGAGCAAGUGCUUGCCUACUUGUAUUGAAAUAACGACGAUUCAGAAACUACAGUUUCGUAUCAUACAUCAAGCUGUUCAGACAUUCAGACAAAUAGUUUCACAAAACAAAUUAAGUGUUCAAUAAUUCAGAAUUCAAAAAAAAAAUCAAUAAGAAAAUUAUUUUAAUAUAUCUUUUUUAGAUUGUCAACGCUGUGAAAAAAACGAAAAAUAUGUCAACUAAUUUUAUUAUUAACGGCUCUAAGUACACCGUCAAUCUUACAAAUCUUCCACCUGACAUCAGUCUUAAUACUUUCAUACGAGAACACGCCCAGUUAACAGCUACCAAAAAUAUGUGUUUAGAAGGCGGUUGUGGAGUUUGCGUUUGCGUUGUUAAAGGUAAACAUCUCCAAAGCGGUGAAAUUCGUACAUGGACCGUCAAUUCAUGUUUGACAUUGCUAAAUACUUGCGCGGAUUUGGAGAUUAUUACAGCGGAAGGCAUUGGUAACAAACUUAUUGGCUAUCAUCCAAUUCAGAAACGCCUGGCCAAGAUGAAUGGCACGCAAUGCGGGUUUUGUUCGCCUGGAUUUAUCAUGAACAUGUAUGGUCUACUUGAGUCGAAAGGUGGAAAGGUUUCAAUGUCGGAAAUAGAGAAUUCAUUUGGCGGCAAUAUUUGCCGCUGCACUGGCUAUCGUCCUAUACUUGAUGCCAUGAAAUCUUUUGCUGUUGAUAGCAAUAUUGAAAUUCCCAAGGGGUGUGAAGAUAUUGAAGACUUUGGAAUUUCAGCUUGUAAAAAAACUGGUAUUCUCUGUGCAGGUAGCUGUCAUAAGCCACUAGAUAUACUAAUCUACUCAGAUGGAACUCAAUGGCAUUGGCCCCGGACACUUACCGAGUUAUUUGAUGCGUUAUCUAAAAUAGGCAAUGAGGAGUUUAUGUUUGUUGCUGGAAAUACAGCUCAUGGCGUUUAUAGGCGAUCGCAGGGAUUGAAACAUUUUGUUGAUAUUCAAGCUGUGCCUGAGUUGAAACAAUUUUCGAUUAGCGAUGAAAAAUUGACACUGGGAGGAAACCUAAGUUUGGCUGAAACAAUGGAUGUUUUCUCACAAGCGUCUCAGAAAUCUGGUUUCGAGUACUGUCAGAAAUUGUGGGAGCAUUUCGAUCUUAUUGCAAAUGUUCCAGUUCGUAAUACUGGGACACUUGGUGGAAACAUCAGUAUAAAAAAAAAAUAUCCCGAGUUUCCUUCGGAUGUUUUCAUAACAUUCGAAGCCCUCGAUGUGCAAAUUGUUGUCGGCGAAGAUUCUACUACUCAAAGGACAGUUUCACUGCAGGAAUAUUUAUCACUUACCAAUAAAACACUAAUCAUUAUUGCGUUCGAAUUAAAACCUUACCCAAAAGCAAAUUUCUACUUCGAUUCAUACAAAAUUAUGCCAAGAGCUCAAAAUUCGCAUGCAUAUGUAAACGCUGCUUUUUUAUUAAAUAUUAGUCUGCCUGCAGGAAAGGUUAUCUCCGCUCGUAUAUGCUUUGGAGGUAUCAAUCCAGAUUUUAUUCAUGCCAAAGCGAUAGAGUCUGCUUUAGUUGAUCAAUAUUUAUUUGAUAAAAACACAAUUUCCAAUAUCUUUGAAAAUCUAAAAAGCCAACUAGAGCCCAACGCUAUUCUUCCGGACGCUUCACCUGAAUACCGACUGAAUCUAGCGGGAGGAUUACUUUACAAGACUUUGUUAAGGAUAGCGCCCAAUGACAGUGUAAAAGAAGAAUACAAGUCCGGUGGCAACUUACUUUAUCGACCUCUUUCAUGCGGAAUGCAAUCUUUUGAUACAAUCGAAAAAAAUUAUCCAGUCACUCAAGCAGUACAGAAAAUUGAAGCUAUGAUUCAAUGCUCGGGUGAAGCCACUUACAUGAAUGACGUAAUAACCACAUCCAAUUCUAUUUUUUGUGCAUUUGUCAAUGCAACAAAAGUUGGGGCAAAUAUCGAACAGGUUGAUGCUUCUGAUAUUUUGCAAAUGCCUGGUGUCGUUGCUUUUUAUACUGCCAAAGAUAUUCCUGGAACGAAUUUGUCAUGCGACCCAUCUUUUGGUUAUGAUGUGGAGGAGAUUUUUUGCAGUGGUGUUGUUAAAUAUUAUGGUCAACCCUUGGGCGUUUUGGUGGCACUGACACACGAUAUUGCUAACCACUUAGCUUCUAAAGUUAAAGUGACGUAUUCCAACAGCGUCUAUAAUGUUUUGCCUACAACUUCUCAUGUAUUUGAAGCCCAAGAACUUGAAAGGCUACAUAAGGUCAAAUCCUCAGCCCUAAAAAAUAUACAAUUUUCACAAAAGCCGGAUAUUAGCUCCAAAGGGGUUUUUGAAAUCGGUGGACAAUACCAUUUUACUAUGGAACCACAAACCACCAUAGCUGUUCCAUUCGAGGAAGGCCUGCAAGUCUGGACAGCAACGCAGUGGAUGGAUCAUACUCAAAGUGUAAUUGCAAAAAUGUUGCAAAUUAAGGCAAACGAUGUGCAGUUGAAAGUCAGACGGCUUGGUGGGGGAUAUGGAAGUAAGAUUACGCGAGGAAAUCAAGUUGCUUGUGCUGCUUCAUUAGUCGCAUACAAACUUAAUCGUCCAGCGCGGUUCGUGCAAACAAUCGAAUCGAUGAUGACUGCCAACGGAAAACGUUGGGGUUGUCGAUCCGAUUAUGAAUUUCAUAUAAAAUCUAAUGGAAAGAUUGUGGGUAUGGAAAAUACAUUUUAUCAGGAUGCAGGGUGCACCCUAAAUGAAAAUCCUAUUAAAGGACACUCCGUUGUGUGUGCGAAAAACUGUUAUGAGCUUUCUGACUCCAAUUCAAAAAUUGUUGCUGAAGCUGUCAUUACUGAUGCUCCAAGUUCCACUUGGUGUCGAGCUCCAGGAUCAGUAGAAGGAAUAGCAAUGAUCGAAAAUAUUUUAGAGCAUAUAGCAUUUGAAGCUAAUAUUGAUCCUGUUGAUGCACGAUUGGCAAACAUAAAAUCUGGUAAUAAAAUGGAAGAACUUCUACCACGAUUUAUUAAGUCAACGGAUUAUAAAAGAAGACGAGAAGAAAUUGACAAAUUUAACGACAAAAAUCGCUGGAUUAAACGUGGUCUAGGCGUGGCUAUAAUGGAAUAUCCAGUUUUUCUUUUCGGUCAAUACCCAGCUACAGUUUCCAUAUAUCAUGUUGAUGGGACUACAGUUAUUUCUCAUGGAGGUAUAGAAAUGGGGCAAGGCAUGAACACCAAAGUAGCACAGGUGGCCGCUCAUACACUCGGCAUUCCCUUAUCAUAUAUUAAAAUCGAGUCCAGUGAUACUAUCAAUGGCGCUAAUUCCAUGGUGACUGGAGGUGCAGUCGGUAGCGAAAGUCUUUGCUUCGCCGUUCGAAAAGCAUGUGAAACACUUAACGACCGUCUUAAGCCAGUUAAAGAUGAACUAGGAAAAAAUGCUGGCUGGUUGAAUAUUGUGCAACUAGCUUGGACCAAAUCAAUCAAUUUAAUAGUUAGCGAUCACUACAAAAAGGGGGACAUGGAAAAUUACAGUGUGUAUGGGUUGGCGUUAACCGAAAUGGAAAUAGAUAUCUUGACCGGAAACAACCAAAUAAAACGUGUUGAUAUAUUGGAGGAUGCUGGAGAAAGUCUCAGUCCCUAUAUUGAUAUAGGUCAGGUGGAAGGAUCAUUCGUAAUGUUAUUGGGCUAUUGGCUUACGGAGCAAUUGAUCUAUGAUAGGCAGACGGGAGAGCUCUUAACUAAUCGAACGUGGAAUUAUAAACCACCAGGCGCGAGGGAUAUUCCUAUUGAUUUUCGUAUAGAACUACUACAAAAGAAUCCUAAUCCAGCCGGAUUUAUGAGGUCAAAGGCAACAGGCGAGCCACCAUGCUGUUUGGCAGUGAGUUCAAUUUUUGCUAUUCAGCACGCUCUACAGUCGGCUCGUAAAGAUGCGGGACUUAAACGAGAAUGGGUCCGAUUAGGCGCUCCAACAACACCAGAGACCAUUGUACUAAAUUCUGGCACUGAUAUUUCAAAGUUUUCUCUGGUUUAAUUCGACUUUCCGCUUAUUAAGUUUUAUAUGUAUAAAUUAAAACUCAAACUUCUUUGGUGACGGGGCACAUGGGCACACUUAAAUAGCUCUAUAUAUGUAUGUAAGUUUAUGUUUCUUGUUGUAAACGGCAGUAAAAACUAAACUAGCAUGUAAAAAUUCCAGUUCUGAACUAUAAUUUAAAUCAAUGUUCGACAUUCUACAGUACUUAUUUACACAUGCAACAUCUGUACACUCUGUUAUUUAAUAAUAUAAUACAGGGUUAUUAAUAAUGUCGUUUCGAAAAUAAACGUAAAUAAUUUUA